AUGCCACUCUCGAUCGAUUCAAGUAUCAAGCUUGCCAGUGGACACUCCAUCCCUCAGUUGGGAUAUGGGGUGUAUCAAGCUCGAUCCAAGGAAUGUGAGAAUGGUGUGAAAGAAGCUAUCAAAGCUGGUUAUAGGCAUAUCGACAGUGCUCAAGCGUAUCACAACGAAGAUGUCGUAGGCAGAGCAGUCCUCCAAACUGACAUCCCUCGAUCAUCAAUCUUCCUCACAACCAAAUACAUGCCUGCCCAUACUGUCCAUCCUUCUUCGUCGGUGUAUGACAUUCUGAAGAACUCGUUGAAGAAGAUUGACAGGACAGGGUCUGAUCAACCGUACAUCGAUCUGAUGUUGAUUCACGCUCCGUUUGGUGGUGAGGAAGGUAGAAAGAACAAUUGGGAGGCUUUGGUGAAAGCUCAGAAGGAAGGUUGGAUAAGAGAUAUAGGAGUCAGUAAUUUCGGAGUAAAUCAUCUUAAAUCCCUUCCAUCUCCUAAACCAUCCAUCAACCAAAUUGAACUUCAUCCAUUCUGUCAACAACGUGAGAUCGUCAAAUACUGCGGAGAGAAUGGAAUUGCCGUUCAGGCUUAUUCACCAUUGAUAAGAGCGGAUCCAAAACGAUAUGAGAAUCCGGUGUUGGUGGGGUUGGCAAAGAAAUAUGAGAAGGAAGUAGCUCAAGUUUUGAUCAGAUGGAGUUUACAGAAAGGGUACAUCCCAUUACCUAAAUCCGUUACUCCCUCUCGAAUCAAGUCCAACGCGGAUGUGUAUGAUUUCGAAUUGACUGAAGAAGAUAUGAAAGCUUUAGACGGGUUAGACGAAGGUGCCAAGGGAGCGUGUUCUUGGAAUCCAGUUGAUCAGCCUUAG